AGGGAGCGCUGAGGGGUGAAGGGAAAUCAGGAGUUGGAAUGGUCUCCCUAGUUCUGCCCCCAAACAGAGGUUAAAACUCUGAGUCUGGGGUUACUCAAAUCAUGCUGAGCCAGAUGGAGAGGUAUAAUGGAGGCAUUUAGGGAUGGGGUUUUUCCGUGUUAGCGUUCCCUCUCUCUUUCUCUCAGAUGCAAGAUGAGAAACCACGUGACAAGAUACAGCAGCCUAUCAGCAAAUUAACUGAGCAGAACCAACUUAGAAUGGUGUUAAAAAACUUGUCACUCUUGAGGAUACUCAAGAAUUCAAACCCUCGGAUCCAAGAACUAUAUGGCCUGGCCAGAAGGUGUUGGAAUUCACUGCUCAACGUUCGGAAGAUCCUCCAGACCUCCUCCAGGAACAACACUGUGCGCACUAAAAUGGGCCAGAAUAAUGAAGGACUCCAAGAGGCUAAGUGCUCCCAGAAGAAACUGAAGCCCAAGAACUUAGGGAAGCCUAAGGAGUUGAAGUCCAAGGUGAGGGUGCUGGAGAAGAAAAAGGUCCAGCAGUCACGUGCAGCAGUACCCGAGGGAGGAGAAGAACAGAUGGAGACUGAGAUCCCAAAGACAUCAGGGGGUCAUGGCUUGAUCACUUGCCCUGGAGCCUGGGGGAGGCAACUACCCACUGGAGACCCUGGAGUCAUCUUCCUGAAGCCCCACCAAGGGGACAAGGAGCAGCUGGAGGUAGCUGACCAGUGGAACUGGUUUGAGGGGCUGCCCAGGCGAAUCCACCUCCCAGGACCCCGGGUGAUGUGCAGACCAUCCACCAUGCGCUUAGUCAAGCGCUGCUGUACCCGUUUCUGCUCUGCAUCACUUGAGCUGCCGAUGCACCAUCCAUACAGGGUAUGAUAAAGUCACUGCCAGGACAGGGUGAGGAUGCAGGCCUCAAGCCAGGCCCAGAGCUGGGCCCAGAAACAGAGGCCUUAGAAUACAGUCUUGGGGGCUGUUGCUGGCAGUGCUGGGAGGCCCCACCUUUAUGACUAGAAAGGGAAGCUCAGAGAGGGGCAAACCAUUGACCAAGACCACACACCAGCCUAGUGGCGAGGCUGGAGCCUCUCAGGAUCCAAGG